AUGGAGGGCGGCGCCGAGGGGCUCGUCUCUCUGCUCGCGGACCUGUGCGACCAGUUGGAGCUCGGGCAGCGCCGCGCACAGGAGGCGCUCGUCCGGGUUCGCAUGGGCGACUCCCCCUCGCACAGGAGGGCAAGCCCAGAGAGGAAGCUGCGCGCCCCUGCAGCGGAGCGCAUCGCGAAGCAGCCCCAGCUGGCGGCGACGGCGCCGCCGGAGAGACCGUGGUGCACGCGUCGUCCGGGCCUAUUCCUCAGCACGUCCUCCGCCGGCAGCUGCACCGACUGCACGCCGGCCAGCGCGCAGCAGGCGGGGCCACCGACGGAGGCCGCCGUGGCGCCACGCUCGCCCGCCGCCGUGGAGGUCUGCAACAAGCCGUGCCCCCCCGUGGCGGAGCACCCCGCGGAGCAGCCGCCGCCGGUGGCGCUGGAGCCGCAGGAAACGCCGCGACGGGCGCUGUCCGCGGGCUGCUUGCAAGGACAGACCUCUGUCGGAAGCGGCGGCGUCUCCACGUCGGGCGCUGCACAGCAGUCUGGGCCGCGGGCGCCAGACGGCAGACCAGACUCACCCGCCAACGUGGGCAGCCUUGGCGAAGCAGUGCGAGGCCGGCAGCCCCUGCGGUUUGUAGAGGAGCGUGGCGAGGGCCAUUCUCAGCCAGCAGGGGCAUUGCCCAUGGUCGCCCCCAAGAGGUCCACGGUGUCCAUGUGGUCUACUCCGCGGUCCAUCUUCGUUGGCAGCAACCGGUCGAUGGCACCAGCGGCAUCUCAGACGGUGGCGACUGCCGCCAUGGACAUGAUCAAGCACGACACAGUGCGCUCCUACGACCUGAAGCAGUUUUGGCGCUCAACGUCGUCAGGCCAUAACUCCUAUUCGGGUGCAUGUCCGUGCAGUUAUAUUGCGUCGCGCUUGCCAUGGUCAGUCCGGAAGUGGCUUUCCCGAUUUGACGCUGGCCCGUCCCCGAAGCAAUUGCAGGUCAGGGAGCUUGUGAGCAGUACAGGGUACGAGGUUUGCGUGAUGUUGUUGAUCAUGGCCAAUUCUGUCUUCCUGGGCUAUCAGGUGGAGUACGAGGCAUACACCCGGCGGCAGCUGCAGAAGUCCCUGGAGAUCGAGGCAGUAUUCUGCGCCGUAUUCGUCCUGGAGUUGGCAGUGAAGGUCUACGCCAUGAGCUGGUCAUUCUGCACCGGUAGCGAGGCGUCCUGGAACUUCUUCGACGUCUCCGUCGUGGCAUUGAUGCUCCUGGAUUUCUUCGUGAGUGUGUCCCGGCCGGCGACCGAGUCGUCGUUGUGGUCGCAGGGGCAGGUCCUCCGAGUUCUCCGGGUCCUCCGGGUCGUCAGGUUCCUCCGCUCGGUCAGGCAGUUGAAGUUCUUCAUGCAGAUCAUGAUCCAGUCCAUCAUGUUCUCGUUGCGGCCGCUUCUCUGGGCCUCCACCGUCCUCAUGGGCAUGUUCUACGUGUUCGGGCUAAUCUUGACUCAGGGGGCGAUCGAGGCACUCAAGGAGCAGGAUUCGUGGGACGACGAGUCGAGCGCAGAGUUGCGAUCUUACUUUGGGACUCUCGAAUGCACCGCGCUUUCGCUGUUUCAGGCGAUGUCUGGUGGCAUCAACUGGGGGGAACUCUUCGAGGCGUUGGCGCCACUUGCUGUCCACUGCAAGUGUGUAUUCUUGUUCUAUGUCCUCUUCGCCAUCUUCGGUGCAGCAAAUGUGGUCACCGGCAUGUGGCUAUCGCGAACCACUGGGCGCGCAACGACAAGGCCUCGCAGGAGCAAGAGGCGACCGAGAAAAGAAUCACCAGCAUCAGAAGGUUGCGCGAGCUCUUCGACGAGUUGGAUCCAGGCGGCCACGGCACUGUGA